CAACCACGACGCGCCGCAUACGGAACGCGUCAAGCUUUCCCUGCUUGCUACUGGAGUGCCUUUGUACAUGCUAUGGAAGUCAUUUUCACAGAAGAUGCCCUCAAGAAACUCUUGGUCGCUCAACUGAAGACCAUAUGCAAAGGGCGACACAUCACAUGCUUCUCCAAGCUAACCAAAGCACUUCUGAUACAAAAGAUUCUUGAACAUCAGAGGAAACAAUCUGGACAAGUUAACUCUGAUGCUGUGUCGACGCCUGACGCCUCCACAGCUGUUCCUGCUCCCGCAGUCGCUGCCCAGGAUGCACCGCAAUCCAGGCAGCUAAAAGCUCCUUCAGCAUUAUCUCGAGAUGUCUCCUUGCUCUCAGGUCCAUCCAUUUUGACCCAGCCAUCUCAGCCAUUUCCAUCCUCACUGCCUUCGUCUCUAAACCCUUCAUUUUUAACAAGUACCGUUAGUGACUCUCAGCCUUUUGCUCCUCCUUCUCAGACGUCUCAAAAGCAGUCUCUCAAGGCCGACCUCCCUCGACGACUCCUUAGUUCCGCUUCUCAGUCCAAUUUACUCAAAGCUGCUCCUCCAUUUCCGUCUUCUAAUCCGUUCGGAAACCUACCAGCACCUAAAAUAUCUAAUGUGCAGAUCAAAAAGUCUCAAGUGGUGCAUACCGUGCCUAAAGUCGUAGGCGAACCAACCGUUUUCUCCCAUCCUCUUAAAGCACCAGCAGCAACAUCUUCCUCUUUGUUCUCUCACGAUGCAAACGUUUCUCAUCCUCAUUCUGACUCUAUCGCCACUUCUUCUGCAGCUUCUGCUGGAUCCUCGGCCAAGAAACGACCUGCUCCGAAAGACGUUGUACAAAAGAAUAAGAAGCCGAAGCCCGCUCCCAAACCAAUACCCUUCUUGUUUCCUUCUAAAGGACCGAUGAUAACCUCAUCUUCAGCACUUUCGAAGGGGACUGUUCGAAAACCUGUAUCACAUUCAGAAUCUAGUCGAAAAAUUGUAACUAUGACGGGCACUGGGAAGCGUUUCACUCCUCUCAUCGUCAAGAAGCCUAUCACUGUGUCUCUUGCUCCGGCGAUGCAAUCAAAAAACCUUGCAACUACUUCAGCUGUGCUUUCGUCUUCCUACCUCGAUUUUCCUGAUUUUCCACCCAUCUCACUGAACAACAUCACUUUGCCACCUUCCAUGGCUCAGCGCAGGCUUGUAACUCGCAUCGCCAUCAUCCUGUGUCAAGUUUACGAAGGAGAUCUUAAGCAGUGUGUUUUAGUCUCACGAAUGUUCAGAUAUGCUGUUUAUCUUUCUGCAAGCCAGAAAAUCUUACGAGAAUUCCCCGGACGCCGAUUUGCGCUCCUACUUCAAUCUUAUCCUCAGAAUAUGACUAACAUGUGGCCGUACCUACGACAGCGAAACCAAGAAUUGGCUCAACGACGAGAGAUGUAUCAAGCAUCGUUUCUUCCUGAUAUUUUCAAGCGUAAUAAAAUGAUUAUAGCAUCCCAACUAUGGGCCAGCCCUGACCAUGAACAUCAAGCUGUGAUCGCUGUUCGCUUCCUGUUGACGCGGCUUUUCUUCAGUGUUUCUGUAGGCGAUGACAGCCAGGAUGCUCAUAAAUGGAUGUCUGGAACGGUGGUCGAUGCGCAAGCAGUUCUCGAAGGCGAGAUCUGGUGCAUCACCAUGCAACAUCGCAAUGCCAAAGAGUCCUUAUAUGUCCUGGAAGCGACGUGCGAAGUCGUUGGUUAUCUCCCCGCAGUUGAGAAGAGCCAGCUUGCCUCGCUCCCAGUUCGCGCGGACUGGUCAGCUUAUAUAGAACGUAGGAUUCUACCGUCUUCGGUGCCUGAGACGUCUCCCCCGACGAUGAUGGAGCAUAUUUGUUGGACUAACCACGAGGAGUACGAGCGAGGAAUUAGUCGACAUUGGUUGAAGAGGAUGCGACGUGAAGGCAAGAUUGGUGCUGUGCUAGAGGUCAUUGCGGGGAGGUACAUCCUCGCCUGUGUCGUGGGUAACAGGCUCGUUGGUCGGUGGAAGUCCUCGACGGAGAUAGCCCAGGACUUUUCGGGUCUGUCGUCAACCUCGGCGACCUCGUUGAGCGCAAAACUGAAGAAUCAGCGCGUGAAUCUUUUCCUGCCCCCACACCAUCAUGUGGAAAGCGUCCAUCUCAAGACUUCUAAGGGUGAGCCGUUUCAUCCUGCUUUGGCGGUAGUGCAAACGCCUGGUCGGGAGUAUUUUAUUCUGAGGGACAAUGGCAUGCAGGUUGGGUGUGAGGAAGAGGGAGUUGCAGAAGUGUGGAUGCGGUUGCUGGGUUGCUCUAAUAGUGGACAGGCCUGCUAAUAUUUUCGUGAUAAACUGAAUGC